AUGGCGCUGCGAGAACCCGGCUCGGCGGGUGGGGAGGCGUCGAUGCGACAGCGGGCGGUGGAGACGCUGAAACACGCGCGCGCGCGAUGGCUGCGAAACACCGAGGUGUGCGACGUGUUGUUGAAUUAUAACGCGUACGGGUUCGAAUGCGCGAACGACGCGCCGGUGCGGCCGAGCGCGGGGACGUUGUACCUGAUAAAUCGGAAAACGGUGCGGUUCUUUCGAAAGGAUGGACAUAACUGGCAGAAGAAGAAGGAUGGGAAGACGGUGCGAGAGACGCACGAAAAGCUAAAGGUUGGGACGGUGGAGCUGUUGAAUUGCUACUACACGCACUGCGAGGAUGAUCCGAAGUUUCAGCGACGGUGUUAUUGGUUGUUGAACAUGGACGAGGGGGCGGUGUUGGUGCACUAUUUGCGGGUGAAGACGGCGCCGACGCGGCCGCUGCUCUCAAAGCCGGCGGAGGGGGGGGCGUUAGGGAAGCACGUCGUCGGGUCAAAGAAGGCGAUCGCGGCCAUCAAGGAGAAACGAAAAGUGAAAGAAAGUGGGAAAUUGAAGAAAUUUUUGCGCAACGUCGUUCAGGACGACGAGUCGAGGCAGAAUAUGAGCGAGAUGUUGGAGAGAGACGACGCAGAUUUGGCGCAGAUUUUCGGAGAAGCCGGACUGCUAGGCGACGACGCGAGAGGCGAUUGGUACGACGAAUUCGACGAUGACGUUAAAGAUGAUCUCACCGACGCUCCCGUGGCGUCGUUCUCGCAGCUCAUGCGAGAGUUGGAAAACAGCGUGGGAACGUUUCCUGAGGACGAUUUCGCAGAGUUCAGUACGCUGGACUCGGCGGAGGAUGACUCCGUGCAAGAUUUCCAGUACGAUACUCUAUCACCGGCGCACGACACGCCACCGUCCGGCGUCACCAGUCGUCUGACGCUCGAGGAGUUCGAGCGCCGCAUUGAGAAAAUUCGUUCCCAGUGGCAGGAUCAAUUCAGCGGUGAUAGAGAUUCGACGUCGAUGGAGCGCAUCGAGCGGCAAAUCAACGCCCUUGAAAACGAAUUCGAUAGGGCUCUGCAGUACUCAUUGAAGCAGCGAGCGGAUAGCGUUGAUGCGCCUACGGAUACGGGGAGCGGAGAAGGAGCAAAUAAAGUUUUAGGGAGUCGUGAUGAAGGAAGCGCUGAUAAAGAACCGGUUCGAAGUUCAGACGCGGCGCACUCGGACAAUCAACGGCAAGCUUCGUCGUCGCGCGUCCCGCUUCAGAUCCCAGCGACACUUUCUGGUGUCCACGUGCUAUGGAGUAUAAUAGAUUUUACUCCUUCAUGGGAUGAUAUCAGCGGCGGAGCGAAAGUGAUCAUCACAGGCGAGCCGCGGGUUGAAUUCGACUCCGCGAUGUGCUGCGUAUUCGGGACCACGUCUGUCCGCACCGAGUGGAUCGCUCCGAAUGUAUUGCGUUGUGAAGCGCCUCCUCACUCACCCGGAGUUGUUUCUAUGUUUCUAGCCAUGGAAAACGGGAACGGCCAUCCCGUGAGUGAGAUAUCUUCAUUUGAGUACAUCGAUUCUGCGCAUGAUCAGCGAGGAAAGAGGCAAGGGGCAAAGACGAAUGUCAAAGAAGAGGCCGACAUGAGCGAUCGCAACUUCCAAAUCCGUCUUGUCCACUUACUCACGACUCUCAGAUCGGGUUCACCCGAUUCACCAACUGAUAGUGGCGCGAAGAGUGUAAGCGCCUUGGAUGAUCGUGUGAAUACGUUUGAUUCCGUGAGCAGAUCGACGAUGGAAUUAAACACUCUGAGCGCGUUGCGCGCGGCUCAGAGCAUGGAUUUGGACCCUUACAACCUGGAAGGAGUAGGUAACGAAGAUCUGAUGAAGCUUCUCACGAAUAUGCUCCAGGCACGACUGAAAUCGGUCAUCGUCCAUGAAAACCGACGCAUGAAGGCUCGCCUUGCGCUCCCCAAAAUUGCAAAUGCCGUGUCGCAGGUUGAAGAAGUGGCGAAAACGGAUCCAGGACUUGUGCGAGAAGAAGUAGUCGAGCAAACUCAAGACGUUACUGAUGCGUUGAUGACCGUCGCACUCGCGCCGAGCGCGUACGCACGUAAAGAUGAGCAUGGGCUCACAAUAUUUCAUUGUUGUGCGGCUCUUGGCAUCGAGUGGGCUGUUCGAGCGAUGUGCGCCACCGGCGUGGAUAUCAAUCACACAGACGUAUCCAAGCGCACUGCUCUUCACUGGGCGGUCGCUCGCGGUCACGAAAUGGUUGUGGCGACCCUUCUCAACUCUGGUGCGAAGUCUCGAGUUAUCUGUGAGUGGGACGGAAAACGUCUUACUCCAGCGGAGCUCGCCAUUCAUUGCGGCCACGAGGGCAUCGCUGCAUACAUAAGUGAAGCAAAUCUCGCGAGUGCUUUGGAUCUGAUGAAUCUGCGCACAAAAGGGGUGUCAAAGGCAACGGAGACUUGCAAGUUACCGAUGCGCAAACUUCACAUCACCCAUGUUCGACCGACGACUCUGGACGACGAGUCAGACGGAUCCGACAGCGAAGACGCCGGUCGGGUCCUCGUCACGUCUCGUCCUCGUCACAGACGUAAGGUAUCGAAAGCCGCGAUCAUGGAUGAGGAAAAUGACCACUCCGAAACUGAAGCCGCGUUUAUCGUGAAACGUGCGGAGCGUGCUCGCCAAAAUUUGAUCGCUACAAUCCGAGACAUCAAAGUCAACUCGCCCGAGUACGUCAACGCCGCGCUUCACGCUCAAAUUGGAAAGAGGCGCGGUCGUCAACUGAGGCAGGGCGACGUGAAAGAGUUAAUGAGCGAAUUGUUAACACGGAAUGAAGACGAUGGGUCCUCGGGAACGAAUCUGUCGACGCGCCGCCCAGCCAUGCGUGCUCGGCGAAUGAGGGAUGCGAACACAACAUCUACUGCGAAAAUAACUGUUUGUCUACCUCCUGUUGAAGAGGGCGAAACGUCCUCUGAUGACGAUGAAGAAGCGAUUGACAAAAAUGUGGUGCGAAUCAAGAGUACGUUGAAGUCUGCGGCGGCUCGUUCGCAAUAUUUGCGAUUGAGACGCGCGACGACGCAACUCAGGCGCGAUCUCCAAGCUGAGGCCAACUAUAGCGAUUCAGACGACCACCGGUCACCACCACGGACAAUAAUUAAGAUGUAA